UAUCUCCGAUAAAAACAGCGUGCGGUGCAAAAGAAAUACGUAUUACUUUUAUAUAGACAAUGACCGAAAAACUAAAAUGUUGUCAAAGUUGAACUCAAGAUUAAUAGAGGAGUAUUUAGGUAAACCUGGGAUUAAAGUUGUAGCAGAUGAUCUAAAUUACUAUCUACAAAAUCAUAGAAUUGAGAAUGUAAACAGUCUUGAAAUUCUUAGUGACAGUGGUUUUAAAUUGAUGCCUAAAAUGCGUCUCAAAAUUAUGAAUCAAAAUAUGAUUAACUCUAAAGUUAAUAAGCAAAAAAAGUUGAUUAAGCAAACUGAUGAUAUAAAUACAAAUAAAUUUAAAGAGAACAGCAAUGAUUUGGAAUGCGUGACAAAUAAUAAAAAUGUAAAUUUUGCGUGUCACAAGAAAGAUUUGACAUCAUUAUUAAUAAUGAUGACAAUUUCAUCUCAAGAACAUCCCAAAGAUGAAUUGGAUGAAAUUGAUAGCGAAGAGUUGAUAAAAAGUCAAAAUAAAACAGAUAUUGAUGGAUCGCAAGAAUAUAAUACAAAUUCAAGCAUAGAUACUGACUGCUUGAAUUUAGACUCGAAAUUCACGAAUACGAGGCAAAACUACGUAGCCCGGAAGUAUCUCAACAAAUGGCAGAAAUACGUUAGAACGAGAGCUAAAAACAUUUUACAACAUAAGAAAGAACAGUCCAUAAAUUUAUUUUUAGAGAAACUAGCAAAAAAGAAAAAUGAAAAUAAUCAAAUUCAAAGUUCGGUGAAAAAAGCAGUAGAAAAUGUAAGAGAUUUUAGUAGCUACCAACAUAGGUUUAAAAUUCAGAAGCAUAUUAUAGCAUUGCAAAAAGCUAAAUUGGAGGAGCAAAAUAAAGUAAUAGAACAACUUAAGUACAACAAAAUUGUAGAAGCUUCACGAGAAUCCUUAGAUUCAAUGAGAGAGGAAAUUCAUCGAACCUAUUAUGAAAUCGAUAGACACCUCAAGCCAAAAUUGAAAACUCUUACAAAUGAGCUAAAUCUCAAGGAACUACAGGAACCGUCUUUGAUAUUGCAUUGCUUGAAAGUGCCGCAAUUUUUACAAAGAAUGGAAGCUAGAGCACGUGAGAGAGAAGAAAAACAUGCUUUGAUUAGAGAAAGACGAAAACAAAUGGAAGAAGAAAGAAUUAGACUAAAACAACAAGCUGAAAUAGCUAAGGCAGAAAUGGAUAAAGAAGAAAAAUUAAGGAGGAUCAAAGAAUUAAAAGAUAAACGUAAAAAAGAGAAAAUAGAAAAUAUAAGAAAAAAACAACAUGCCGAAAGAAUGAGAGCACUUAUUGUCAUGGCCGAUUUACAUUAUGAAAAAAAUUUAAUGGCAAAAUAUGGAAUAAAACCGUUGCGCCAUCUCAUUCAGAUGAAAUACGACAAUGUCGAGAAGGCAGCAGCCCAUUAUAGGUUUCAACUUAUGAAAAAUAUUUUCUUACAUUGGAUGUGGCAUACGGAAGACAUGUGGUUCGAAAGGAACUAUAAAGCGACUGAUUUUUAUCGAAAAAUGCUUUUGGCUAAGGGAAUAACAUGUUUUAAAAAGCACCAUUACGAUUACAUUUUGAAAAGGCAAGUCGCAGAGGAUUACUGCGAUCUCUAUAUUACGCAAUUAGUGUUUAACAAAUUAAGGGAAGCUGUUAAGAUUUCCAAAGAUGAGUCCCAAAUGAAGUGGAAGAAAGCGGUUUUAUAUCACAACAGCAAUAUUUUAUUUAAGACCUUCACAUGUUGGCGAACGUUGCCCGCAUUGAAUGCACUAAAAAGAGAACAGGAUGCAAGAAAACAGAAAUGGAGACAGAAGGUUCUACUGGUAGUUCCAGACUAUAAGCCCCCUGACGACUAGAUUAACAAAAAUGAUGAUGGCGAUCACGUACCGGAAGACGCAGUGUUGGUAGGCCCCCCCACAAGAUGGACCGACGAUCUGGUCAAGAUCGCCGGAAUACGUUGGAUGAGGGAGCGCAGGACCGAUCGUCGUGGAAAUCUUAGGGGGAGACCUUUGCCCAGCAGUGGACGUCUUCCGGCUGAUGAUAUUGAUUUUGGAAUUCUUAAUAAGAAUUAUUUGUUAAUACUAGCUAUAGGUAACAUAAUCAGUGAAUCUUAGGCGUUUAAUUUUUUUCGCUAUUAACAUAUCGUAAAAUUUCUUCUUAAAUUGCCGAAAAUUCAUCACAAUUAUUAUUAUUAUGUAUAUUUCGGUAUUUUUUCGGUAAGAAAAACAUAUUUCAAAACAGUCUUAAGUAAUUAAGUUAGUAGGUACCUACUUAGUACUUAGCCAGUAAUUUUUAUUGAUUACAAGUAGGACAUAGACUUAAGCAUUACUUUAUACCUUGAACUU